CUUGGAAGUAAACUAGGAAAUUAUUUAAGAAAUGAUGAACUUCUUGAAAAUGUUACUAAUAUACACAAGGUGUUUGCACUUUGUGUCAGCCAGAUUAACAAGUGCUAUGUAUCAUUUAUAGAUAUUCUGAAGUUAGAAAAUGACGAGCAACUAUUAUUGUUGGAGAGUAGAAGAUGUACUUUAGAAAGGCUUUCAUGGUGCUGCAGUAGGUUGGUUGCAAUUGAGGAAAUGUUAGAAGGGAUAACUGAUAAUAAUGGGCAAGACAGUGCCUUUGAUGAAUCCAUCUUUGACCCGCCUCUGUAUUUUGUCAAUUGGAUUGAUCAAACUUUUGAUGAUUUGAAAACAUUAACUGAUUUAGUAUCACUUAGUGAUGCAGAUUCAAAACAGUAUGACCAGUGGAAGAUUGAUAUGGUUAGAUGUUUAAAAAGUUUACACAAUUCAAUUGAUGAGUUAUUAUUAUCCGCUAUGACCCUAUGCCGAUAUUGUCUGCCUGCAGACCAGCAUGCGAUAAAAGCUAGAUGCCAAGUGGUACUAAGAGAAACAAAAACACUUUUAAGUGAUAUAAUAAAUGGUGAUAUUGAUACAGUGUUUAAUAAUUCAGAGAUAUCAUUAAAUCUUCCAAUCAAACCAUCAAAUGUUAAUGUACUAAUAGAUGUUCUGAAAGAUGCACUCUAUAUGCUAGAAACAAACACAAGUAGAGGUGUGCUAGCUUUAUUGGUUCAUUGUUUUACCUACACUAUAUCACCAGUAGAUGUCUUGAAAAACCAUUAUAAAGGUAACAAGAGCAUGUGUGACUGUUUGUCGAAAAACGAAGAUGAAACAAAGACUUGCGAUUUCGUAACUGAAUUUGAUUUACAUAAUGAGAGAUUAAUGCAAAUUGGAUCUUUUGCGGUGUCAUGUUCUGCUGAUGAUAAAAGGAUAUUAUCGAUACGCAGUAAUUUAGCAUCUUUAGAGGCGUUAGACCCACAUCUAGUUCCGGCAUUAAUUAUGGCCCCUGAAAGCCAUCAUUCCAUGUUAUUGAGUAGUACAUGGAAUAAAGAAGUGUUGGAGAUCAAAGAUAGUAUUUUCUUAAUUGUUGAUCCCGCUGCAUUUUCAGAGAAAGCUAGACAGGUGAUGCAACAAAAACUUUUGGAAAUAAUAAAAGAUAAUGUAUACGAAAAUAAUAAAAUAUGUUCUGUUAUAAAUAUUGGAUGUGUUGUUUAUGAAUUUUUUGAUGUUUACGAAAAAUAUGAACCGGACGCCAUCAAAGAGCGGGAACAAUUGAUUCCGCUUCUGUCAGAUUUAUACAAAGUGCAAUUAGAAUGCAAAGUGGUCAGCGAUCUUCUUUGUUCUGGUUCCGAUUUUCUUUAUAAAGUAAAGAAGUCCUCAAAAACUGUUACAUUUGAACAAAUGCUGAAACGACUCAAACUUUUAUAUACCAUAGUUAAUAAAAUAAAUAAAUUAUUACAUCCUGAGGAAGAAAAUAAUUUAUUUGAUGAGGAAACAAUAGAAGAAAAUGGCACAUAUACAAUAUAUAAAAUAAAUAAUGAAACUUGUGUACAUUCGAAACCUAAUUUAUCAAGAAGCAUCUUUGCUAGAACUAAUAUUCGUACACCUGUUAAAUAUCCACUUUUUAAAUUAACAAAACAUUUAAGACAGAAGAAUUUAAACUUAAAUUUCUCAGCUCGUUUAGAUGAAUUAUGUAACUAUGAUAAAGUUAGUAAAAGGGAAUCCAUUUCGUGUUUUUAUUCACCUGCAAGGAAACGUCCGUCAUUAAGAAAGGCGGUACUAAAUCGACAUCAAAUCACAUUUGAACAAGAUAUGACAAAUAAAGUUUGUGAAGAUAACACUCGUAUGGAUGUCGAUUUGCAGAUUUCAGAAGUACUGAAGCAAAUAAAUAAUCUAACUUCAACAUUUUCGUCAAGACCAUUUAAGGCAGAAUUUUCUAAAGUGCCUAGGAUUUUGAAUAAUAAACCAAAAGGAGUAGACCAAGAAGAGACAACAACAACAUUGGAUAUUUUAAUGGAUAAAAGCAGUAUUCCUGAUGUUGAAUUGAAUUUAUCUCAACCGUCGAAUGUAACAACAUUAGAACGUCUUAAUGAUCUAGAUCUUGUUGAAAGUAAGUUGACCGAUUUAAGAGUGUUACAACUCGAAACCAACUUAUAG